AUGGGGUACUUCGAACGCCCGAGAGACUUUUGGCCAGACCAUUUCGAUGUUGACAGUUGUUCCAGUCGCAGUGCCUAUGCUUUCAUCCCAUGGUCAGCAGGUCCAAGGAAUUGUAUCGGUCAGAGAUUUGCUGUGAUGGAAGAAAAGGUGCUUCUGGCGCGUCUCGUACGACAGUUCCGUUUCCGUGCCACGAUGACUUUCAAGGAGAAUCGCGGAUUGCCGGAAAUGAUCCUUAGGCCUAGCAACGGCAUCCCUCUUAUCAUUGAAAAACGGACCGAAGUAAACCAAGUACAUAGCAGUGAGCCUUCUGUGAGCCCUCGUCAAUAG